UCUUCAUGUUCUGUUUUCUAACAAGCUCUCAAUUUAUAUUCACGUCAUUUUUCUUCGAGUCUUCCUAGGUUACACUAUUAACGAAAAACAUGGGUAUCUCUAAGUUUUUCCAUGAAAUCAAAGCUAAGGCUUCUCACAAGAGGAUGUUCAAGGCUGUGAUGAUUGAAAACGCCGACGUUUUGCCGAAAGCCCAUCCACACAUCAAGAAAAUCGAGACAAUCCAAGGAGAUGGUGGUGUUGGAAGCAUCAAGAAGACAACUUUCAGUGAUGGCAAGUACAUGAAGAACAAGAUCGACCAUCUGGACCCUGCAAACGGCGUGGCUAAGUUGACUUUAUUUGAGGGUGACGUACUUGGAGACAAAAUUGAAUCUAUUAGCUACGAGGUGAAAUUUGAGGAUUCAAAGGAUGGAGAAUGUGUUGUCAAGAUCAACACUGAGUAUCAUACCAAGGGUGAUGUUGUACUAAAAGAAGAGGAUAUUAAGGCAAGCAAGGAACAAUCUUUUGAAUUCUACAAGGCUUAUGCAGAUUACCUAAAUGCCAAUCCUCAUGUUUGUGCCUAAAUAUUUUUCAGUUAUGUCUUGACGUUGUGAUGUAUAAUGGAAACACACAUGUUUCCCUAUUUCCCUAUUUCAGCAAGAGUGGUGUUUUUGCCUUAAUAAAGAACUUUGUUCUACUUUCCUUUGAA